AAAGCGAAGUUCAUCCUCAAGAAAAUUCUCAGUUGAGUUUUGACAACGCAUUGUAAAGUUGGUACGGUCCAAUACUUACGAGUUUAUAUAUCCCUCAGUAGAAACGCCGUCACGACUCCAGUUAUUUCACUAAAGUUAAUUUCCAAUCGGCCAUGUCAUUGGGACAAUUCAACAGGUUGGUUCGGAAAACAGCGACCAAAAAGAAAAUGCGGGUCUUAAUUGGCUGUGUUGCUGCUUUAUCGACACUCUUCUUUAUGUAUUACUCUUCCGAUUCUUCCGGUCAGGAAAGCGACAAGAUUUUACAUCGCCACACAAGAUCCAUGAAACCUAUGAUCGACAUGAGAGGAUUCCCAGAUACUGGGGGACUCUGUCCUCAUGCCGGAUUCUUUCGAAAUGAAACUGAUUGCACCCAAUUUUAUAGGUGUGUCGAUUUUAACCGGAAUGGGAAACAUACUGUUUUCCGCUUUAUGUGCGGUCCCAUGACCGUUUUUGAUCCGAGCCGCUCACUUUGCACUGGGCCCAGGAUGGCAGUACCACCAUGUACACCGACGCUUCCCACUCCAAUAGCUCCCCCGCCGACGCCUCCCACUCCAACACCACCGACGCCUCCCACUCCAACAGAUCCUCCGCCGACGCCUCCCACUCCAACAGAUCCUCCACCGACACCUCCCACUCCAACACCUCCUCCGCCGACACCUCCCCCGCCGACGCCUCCCACUCCAACAGUUCCCCCGCCGACGCCUCCCACUCCAACACCACCGACGCCUCCCACUCCAACAGAUCCUCCGCCGACGCCUCCCACUCCAACACCUCCUCCGCCGACGCCUCCCGCUCCAACACCACCGACGCCUCCCACUCCAACAGAUCCCCCGCCGACGCCUCCCACUCCAACACCUCCCCCGCCGACGCCUCCCACUCCAACACCUCCCCCGCCGACGCCUCCCACUCCAACACCUCCUCCGCCGACACCUCCCCCGCCGACGCCUCCCACUCCAACAGUUCCCCCGCCGACGCCUCCCACUCCAACACCUCCUCCGCCGACACCUCCCCCGCCGACGCCUCCCACUCCAACACCUCCUCCGCCGACACCUCCCCCGCCGACGCCUCCCACUCCAACAGUUCCCCCGCCGACGCCUCCCACUCCAACACCACCGACGCCUCCCACUCCAACAGAUCCUCCGCCGACGCCUCCCACUCCAACACCUCCUCCGCCGACGCCUCCCACUCCAACACCACCGACGCCUCCCACUCCAACAGAUCCCCCGCCGACGCCUCCCACUCCAACACCUCCUCCGCCGACACCUCCCCCGCCGACGCCUCCCACUCCAACAGUUCCCCCGCCGACGCCUCCCACUCCAACUCCUCCACCAUCGACAACAACACCAAGUACAACAACAUCGACGACAACGCCACGCACACCAAAACCUGAGACACCACCCAAACCCCCUUUUAGUUUCGACUGCACAUCAGAUAAGCCACUCCAAUUCCCUCUCGAUUGCUCACGAUUUUACCAAUGCGUCUCUGAUGGUGUCCAACGCAUUAUUUAUGUUUUUUCCUGCCUACCUGGCCUCUACUUUGACGAUGUUUCAUCCCAGUGUCGGACUCCAGCUGAGGCAGUUUGUAAAGAUACGUCUUCUAUUAACGAUACGACUAAUUCUUUUGAUGGACCUGGUGGAAUCCUCCGUCUCGAUUGCAACGGCAACCUUUACCGCUACCCACUCAACUGUAACAAUUUUUACACCUGCUUCAAAGAUGACGAAGGACAUGAAAUAAUCAACGUUUUCGCUUGUGCUGCCGGCCUGGUUUUUGAUGAUUCGUCUUUACGUUGCCUCUUACCUCAGGAAACUUCGCCUUGCGGAGACAACAACAACUUGUUCAAAUCACCCUCGUUUGUUUUCCAAUUGCAAGAGGAAAUUGAUACUGCUUCAAUUCUUUCCAAAUCGAGGGACAUCUUUGAGCAGCAAAAAACUAAUUUGCCAAAACACAGAGAAUUAUCUGAUUUAAUUAUCCCAAAAUUACCCCAUCAAAGUGGGCGAGGGGCUAGCCAAAAUAAAAUGAAAAUUCGGAUGAACACCUAUACCCCAAAGUAAACGACUAAAAACUUUUCCCACGUUUUCACUUAGUACAUUCUACGUGCUGUAUCUGUAUAAUCAAGCAUGUUAAAAACGAAAUAUUUAUUCUGUUCGUCUUUGAUUAUUAUUAUUCAUAUUUAUGUAACGUUUCCUGUUUUCUUACUCAACAGGCAUUUUUUCAUAAUUCUGAAGGUGACUGGAAGAAAAACGGAAAAUUUUUUCUUGUAACCAUUGGUAAUACACGGCAAUCCACUUUUAUCACGAAA